CCGUAACAAAGUUGGGAUGAGGAAUCACGGGAGGACUGCGCAACCAAUGACUCGACUGUGCGACGAUAUGGACAAACAGAGCAGAUUGCUGUCCUCGAAGCUUUUCGAGAAGCACAGACAGGUAGAAGUUGUUCUAAAUCGUAGUGUUUUGGCGUGGAAGGAAACUGAGAAGAGCCAGAAACGAAGCUCUGGAAGCAGCAGCCUUUCUGAAACAGCACACAGCCAUGCUGUCCAGGUGUGUGAAAUAGUGGCUGUCCACAAGAUGGAAGAUGGUGGCCAAGACAACACGGACACCGAGAGGAGACAGAAAAAAGCAAAGCAGCUCUCCCCGCUGUAUCCCCAUGCAUUCACAGUUUCCUACGUCAGAAGGACAAGGCAGCACCAGUGGCGGUGUAGUGAUAUCACCUUCCAGUGUGCCAAUCAGGGACUCUGCGAGCAGUGGAUCCAAGUUAUCAAUGAGCAACUGUCAUUACUCGCCAACCGACCGAAGAGCCUUCUGGUAUACAUCAAUCCCUACGGGGGAAAACGGCGCGGGAAGCGUAUUUACGAGCAGAAGGUGGCUCCACUGUUUCGCCGCGCCUGCAUCUCAGCCGACGUGAUUGUUACAGAGCGGGCCAAUCAUGCCAGAGACCACUUGAAAACAGAGGCCAAUCUAGAUAAAUAUGACGGGGUGGUGUGUGUGGGUGGAGAUGGGAUGUUUAGUGAGAUCUUGCAUGGGUUGGUCACCAGGACCCAAACAGACAGUGGUGUGGACCAGAACCAACCAGAUGCUGAGUUGGUGCCGUGUUCUCUACGCAUAGGGAUCAUUCCUGCAGGGUCCACUGAUUGUAUCUGCUUUGCCACAGUAGGAACCAAUGACCCAGUCACUUCAGCUUUACACAUCAUUGUCGGUGACUCCCAGCCGAUGGACGUGUGCUCAGUUCAUCACGACGACGUCUUUCUCAGAUACUCUGUCUCGUUGCUUGGCUACGGUUUCUAUGGGGAUGUACUGACAGACAGCGAGAGGAAAAGAUGGCUAGGUCCCGCUAGAUAUGACCUGUCAGGGGUAAAAACCUUUCUGAGCCACAACUACUAUGAAGGCACCAUCUCUUUCCUCCCUGCUGAGAACAACAUGGGGACCCCCAGGGACAAGCUGCAGUGUCGGUCCGGGUGCUGCGUCUGUCAGCAGAAGCCCUCAUCAAAGGACAGCAAGCAGUGGGAGAUGUCAGAGGAGAAGGAAAAGUCUGAUAAAGAUGGCAGCAGUGGUUGGAGUGUGAUCCGCGGAAGGUUUAUUGCAAUUAAUGCGGCCAGUAUGAGCUGCGCGUGUCCCCGCAGUCCAAAGGGCCUGUCGCCCUCCGCUCACCUCGCUGACGGCACCACAGACCUCAUCCUCGUCAGAAAGUGUUCCCGUCUGGACUUCCUCAGACACCUUCUUCGACACACCAACAAAGAGGACCAGUUCGACCACUCAUUUGUGGAGGUCCACCGGGUAAGCAAGUUUCGUUUCCAGCCGCGGCACCAUGAGCUGGUUUCUCUAGAAGACCUGAACGAGAGUCCAAAGAAGACAGGCUUCAGUCCCAUAUGCUCUGCCCAAACAACCUGCAACUACAGCACCGCCCACAGCAGCUGGAACUGCGACGGUGAGAUCCUGUCUCACGCUGCCAUCCAAGUCAGUGUCCAGUGCCAGUUGAUCCGGCUGUUUGCCCGUGGUAUCGAGGAGCAACAGCAGUGUGUGUUUGAAGACCCUUGUCCUCUGUGGGCCCUGGAGCCAAGCACGCACUAGUCAGUGGACUGAGAGCUGGAUGGGACAUUUAGCUGCUGGAAAACAAAAACCCAAGUUGCACUUGGCAAGAUUUUCCUGGAAAACACACCAGUGUACAUCACAUCAGUGUAAAUCCCCAAACGCUGGCGUUUCAUGCCUUUUUAGUGUUUUGCUUAAAUGAAACUGGCAGGAAGUCCUCUUUAUGCACAAGAAGUGAUGGACUAAAACGUAAAAAGGUGUGGUAAAAAGAAGCUGAAAAGGCUUCUAACACCAGCCAUUAAGAGGGGAAAAACUGUCCAACUGUCUAAAGAGAAGUAAUAUCGCAUGAUUUUUUUUGUUACUGAAGACUGUGAAAUUCGGCUGUCUCCUUGUUGCAAUUUAGAGCUGUUAUGUGUAAAAUUGCCUCAUGCCAGCUUUAACUAACCUAAAAUAUGAUUUGCUACAGCUGCUGGUGCUAUCACUGCCACAUUCAAACCUUUUAGUUUUAGGUAGGGGGGCAGAGGGCUUUUAUUUGUACUUUAUGGAAAAUGAAGAUUCUGAAGCUCAGAGGAUCUCAAGCAGCCUGGGUGUUCACACAACCAGAUGAAACAGAUCUGAACUGGACUGAGCUGGACUCAGACUGCGGAAAGGUUUUUAUACUGGCAUGGAGGAGAACAGUAAUAGGAUUUCUUUCUAUGUAGCAAAGAGAGGCAGCCAAGGAGAUACUGCUGUGUGUGUGUGUGUGUGUAUCUCCUUGUGAGGAGGAUGAAGAAAAGAAAUGCCUGUGAAGUACAGUGAUAACUGAAAAGACUUCAAAUGCCAGGGUUACAUAGAAAAAAAACGUGCAAUCUUAUCCUCCUUUUUUGGCAAAAAAAACAACCCAUUUCAUCUGUGACCCAGGUGAAAGCAGAUAUGAGCCAGGGGCACUAAUGAAAAGAGCUGAAUACCCUGCUAAUACACUAACAGGACCCCGGUGGCUUCUGGGUAAUAAGGCAAAGUGGUUGCUAAGUGAUUUGGUGUGUCUCAGCACUGCUGCACCGCACCUGUGGCUCUGAGCUCUGCUCCUGUCUGGCUAAAAACUACCAGUUCAAUCAUCACCUGGAAUUAGCCAGAAUUAUACAUUGUUAACUUAAUUAGAGGUAAUCUAUCGUAGGGCUCUGAAAUUAGCCUUAUUAGCUCCUUUCAGCCGUAGGUCAAGGUGAACCAUCCGAGAAUAAGCACACCAGCUUUUAUUUUUGAGACUAGCUUUUUUUUUGGCUACUUCUGCAUCAAUAAAAUUGUAUUAAACCGCAUAGACAAUAAUAAUACGUUAGGGUGAAUUGUCUGUGUGUGUAGGGUUAAGUGCGUUUUCCACAAUCCCGUGGACGUGCAAUCAUUGGAGUGUGUGUGUUAAUGUUUUUGUGAAGGUGCCAAUGUGAUGAGUUAGCUCUAUCGCAAUUAGCCUCAUGACUGCCAUUUUGCAGAUGCUCUCUCACUGCAGCCAACGCACUGCUAACACAAGCACCUAUGGAUGAGCAAAGACACACACACACACACCAAGACACACAGAAAUGUACAGGCAGACACAGAAACUGGAAGUAAGAAUUGCUUUCAGGUGACCAAACACAUUUGAAAAGCUAAAAGAUUUAGCAAUUUAUGACUGACAGUGCAAACAAAGUCAAACUGACAUUUGAAUUACCUUCAUUUUGGUCUAAGGAAAUAUCAGCCAUCAAGAUAUCACAGUUACUAGAAGCUAUCAAGCUUGAAAAAACUAGCUUCCACCCAUGGCUUCCACUUGGAAAGUCAAAGCUUGCUAAGGUUUCACAUUGAAUCGUUUGUUCAUGCUAUUUCAAUGCCUACAGUUUCGGUCAAAUGUACAGAUUUCUCUGCAAAAUGAAUCAUAAUUUCAGUUUUUAUUCAGUCUCGCUGUGCUCUCCAUAUUUGAGUAAACACACAAAUAAGCUGAUAUGUGAGUAAAUACACAAUAUAUUUUAUGAAAAUGCUCAAUAAAGUGCUUUUGAAUUGUG